UUGAAAGUUUAUGUUUAUUUCAUUGCCAUUUGUGGGGAAUUCCCCCAAAAAAUGGAGAACAAAGCGGCGAAAAGUGCGUCUUCUUCUUCCUAUAGAAGAGGUUUACGCCGUGUCUGUCGCGUGAAACCGCAUUUAGUGAUCAUUUUUUUGAUUUCUUUAAUCGGUUUUUGUUAUCAUUUUUAUUUAGCUUUUAAUCAGUUUUUAGAAUUCAAAACAAAUGUUUCUUUUGGUUAUGAAUCGCCUAAAAACGGAAUCUUUGAAUAUCCUUCAAUUACUCUCUGUUUUCCAGAUAUUAUCCCUCAUUUCCAUCUUCAACAACUCUUUCCCGAAUACGCAGAAGCGGUCAGAAAUAUAUCCGAAGAACAGAUUCGCCGAAAAGACGCCAAUUUCUGGACGACUGAAGAAUCGGCGAAAUUCAAUGUUUUCGGACUAAAAGGCAAAUAUUUGUAUAAAUUUUUUGCCGAAAAAGUGUUUAAAAACCAAACGGUUUUAGAAAUUCUGGAAAACCUGUCUUUCGGUGAAUCAGAUGAAUGUCUUUUAGACGCCAAACCGAAUGUCGAGAACGGAUAUUCCAUGACUUAUUGUUCUUCAGUUCGAAAUCAAGUUCUGAAGUCAUUAAACGGCGAUUUCAGGUGUUUUUCCUUUUUAUCAAAACUCGAUUUCGUUAUUGAAAACCAAAAUCUCUUCGAAACAAAUGUUUUCCUUUCGAAACGAAAUUUCGAACAAAGAACUAAUAAAGUCCUUUAUAUCGCGCACUCGAGGAAUAUAAGUCAAGUCCACCAUCCGUUCGACACGGCCUGGAGAGCCCGCGUUCUGGUUCACUCUCCGUUCGCACUUCCCGUUCCCUCUUUCUAUCCGUCUAUUCCUCUCUACGAAUGGUCAAGAUUUUACGACAUUUCGUUCGCCAAAACCAUUUCACACCUCCUGGAGGCGCCCUAUCAGACCAAUUGUCGGAAUUACGGGAACUAUCCAAACGAAACGCAGUCUUCAGACGAUUGUUUCGCCAAAUGUUUGACUCAAGAAUAUCGUCGCGAAUGUCGAUGUCUUCCGCGUUCGGGAGUUCUCUUUCGUCCAUCACUUCUUCGAUCUGAAGAUCGUUUCUGUGAAAAGAUAAACAAAUGCCAAUUCACUAAUUAUCGGCAAAAAUGUUCGGAAAAAUGUCAAAAAGACUGUUUGGAACAGACUUUUACGGCCGAGAAGUUCGCAGACAUUCCGUUCUUCGCCAGAAACAACAUGACUGGUGUUCAGCUGUCGCGCCAACCCGUGGACGACGCUGUGUACCGCCAUUCGCCGGCCGUGACUUUGAUUCAGUUGAUCUGUGAUUUCGGGGGUUUAGGCGGUCUUUGGUUGGGGUUUUCGGUGAUAACAAUCACGACUGCAAUCAUUCAAUUGAUUUCUCGUCCUCUGGAAAGACGUCUCAACUCUGAAGACGACUAACAGAUGGCGACUCUGUCUUCAAUUUCGGACACAAUUUCGCGGACUUUAACCGCAAAUAAUCGCAAAUCUUAUCGAAAAUAAAAACAUUUUUUCUGA